GCUACGAAGUGCAAGGCUGGAAAGCCUCUCCAGUUCGGCAACAAAAUAACCGGGUAGCCUAAUAGUAGCGAGACAGCGUGAGUGUCAUUGUUCCACGACGUUUUCAUGCAUUCAACGGAACGUAAACACGUUAACGUAAAUCUAUGUCAAACGGAUGCUUCUUAUGCCAGUUUGUAGACUACAACGCUCAGUGAUAUAGUUGAUAUAUUGCGGGAGUCGAAGAAACAAUUGGGAAUCAAUACGUUCAAAACGAAAUCGGACGUCAUGAUAGCGCCUUAAACAUUUGAGUUCAGCUGUAGCCAGAUGAGUCUGCUGUGGAGGCCGUGACUUCCGCUCUGGUGAUCCAGAGGCCACCGCUGCUGCCGCUGCUCCUGCUCCUUCCUGGUGCCCCGUGCGGGAGCGAGGAGGGGGGAUGUCGGCUGCACAGAUGCAGAGUGACGGAGAGCAGCGCUGGGGCUGCCUGGAGUCGCUGGGCCUGAGCCCGCGGGAGCUGGUGCUGGCCGAGGCCCUGCAGAUGGAGUACGACGCCCUGUCGCGUCUCCGGCAGGACAAGAGUCCGGCCGGCAGCAAGGGCCUGCCCGAUGGGGACGAGGGGGGAAGCAAGCCGCCACCGCCGCCCCAGAGGGAGCUACCGCUGCCCCCUCCCCGGCCGGUGCCAAGCCCCCCGGGAAGCAGCUUUCAGAUGGGAGAUUGGGGAUCGGACGCCCUGCUCCAGCCCAAUGGUGACGGACAGCCCAGCAGGAGUAACACUCAACCGGCAACGCCCAGCAAGGAGCCGCUGUACAUUCUGGAAACGGGGCCCAUGAGCAAGGGCCACUAUGACGGACUCCCUCCCCCAGACGAGCCCCCGCCAGCUCUGCCCCCUCGCAACCCUCUCCCGCCCCUGCCGGACCCCCCGAGACGCCCCCCGCCGACCCCCAGAGACAUCAACCUGUUCAGCCCGGAAGUGGACCAGCCUAAGCUGCUGUCCGCCGACAUGGUCAACUACGACCACCUCAACGACUCGCUGACCAAACUCAACGGGAACUGGUCCAGCCCCAGGGGCCGGCGGGGGGUCGGGGAGCAGGGAGGGAAGCCCGUGGCCCGGAGCAAAACCCUGCCGCCCCAGGUGCCCCCGCGCACCUACGUGCCCACUCCCAAGUGUGCCCGAGCCAACCGCCGGGCGUCAGCAGACCCGGUGUCCCUGGGUUCGCGACUGAACGGCUCGGGCUAUGAGCUCUUCCAAGUGUCAGAGGAACGGGAUGAGGAGGUGGCUGCUUUCUGCCACAUGCUGGAUGUUUUACGUUCGGCCUACCCUUGCAAUGAUCUCUCCAAGAACGCCGGCUUCGUGUGGGGCCCCUGUGUCACACAGGACGAGCUGCAGCAGGCCCUGGGCGUCAGCAUCAAAGUCACCGUGGUCAGCGAGCUCUUCAGGGAGCCUCUCACCUUCACCUGCGACGGAUCGUCCACGGUGGACCUGCUGAUCUAUCAGACACUGUGCUACACGCACAACGACCUGGAGCUCAUUGACGUGGAUGGCUACCUGCUCAAGAUCUGCGGAAAGGCCGAGUUCCUGCACAAUAAGCAGACCCUUGCAAGUCUGGAGUACAUUCAGCAAUGCCUGAAGUUCGACUGGGACAUCCGCCUGAACCUGAGCGAAAGGGCGUCCGUGUGCGUGGAGCUGGCGAGAACGGAGGACGACGACGAGACGGCGUCCAGCAUGAACCACAGCAUCGAGCUCCAGGAGCGCACCAUCAGACAGACCGUCACCAGAGAGGCUUUGACGCUGCUUCUGGACACUUUCCAUAAUGAGGCCGAGUCCUUCAUCUCAUCAGAGGUGGAGAUACCGUUGCACGUGGAGAGGUUGGUGCAGUCAGUGAAGGCUCUGUGUAGCUCUCUGGCCUCUGUUGAAACGCCGGACGUGACCUCUGCCCUCAACCAGAUGCCUGCCUGCCCCUGUCGACUGCAGCCCCGGGUGCAAAAGGAUGUGACGGUGUUGGCGAGGAGAGAGAACAGAGAAAAAGUGGUGGAGAAACUGACGUCGGCCAUCUUGGAUCUGGUGGAGCUCUACUGCAGCACGUUCAACGCCAACUUCCACACGGCACCUCACAGCUACCGGCCCACCGCGCCAAUCCAGGAAGCUGGCAUGGUGACCAACGUGUUGUCCUUCAGCGUCUAUGGCGCCCACCGCAUUCCCAUUACAUGGGCUGCCAGCUACGAGGGCUUCUUCCUGUCCUGCUCGCUCACACACGGCGCGACGGAGCUCUGCGCCCCCCAGCACACCAGCAAGCAGGCCGUCAGCAAGUAUCUGUUCCAUCUGGUGGUCUGGGACCAGAGGGUUUGUUUCCCGGUUCAAAUCAACCAGUUGCCACGGGAGACGCAGCUGACGGUGACCUUGUAUGCCAGCCCCUUACCGCCCCCUGGAGGGGCCGAGGAGAAGGGCAAGCAGCGGCGCAGCGUGGAGUCCCUCGGCUGGGUCACCAUGCCCCUCUUCAACUUCAGACACGUGCUGACUUGUGGAAGGAAGUUGCUUGGUCUGUGGCCCUCAACACCAGGAAGUUCUGGAAAUGCUCGCUCAAGUACGCCAAACUUCAGCCAGCCAGACAGUGUCAUUGUACAGGUGGACUUCCCCACCUCCUCAUUCGAGGUGCGUUUCAGCACCCCUGCGCCAGCCGAGUUCAGCCCCCAGUAUGAGUUCUCGCGGUUGGACCAGCACAGCCAGAAGCAGUUGCGGGACAUCCUGCAGAAGAAGUCCCUCUUCUGGCUGUCUCAGGACGAGAAGCGCCUGCUGUGGGAGAAGCGCUACUUCUGCCAUGCGGAGAGCAGCAGGCUGCCUCUGGUGCUCGCUAGCGCCCCCCGCUGGGAGUGGGCCUGCCUGCCCGACAUCUACGCCCUGCUGCGCCACUGGGCCUGCAUGAACCACCUGGACGCAGUGGGCCUUCUGCACGCCACGUUCCCUGAUCAAGAAUGUAGGCGAACGGCUGUCCAGUGGAUGGACACAAUAUCUGACCCAGAACUGCUGGACUUCCUGCCACAGUUAGUUCAGGCUCUGAAGUACGAGUGCUACCUGGACAGCCCUCUGGUGCGCUUCCUGUUGAGGAGAGCCAUAGCAGACAUGCGCAUCGCUCACUACCUUUUCUGGCUGCUGAAGGACGCGCUGCAGGACUCUCAGUUCAGCGUGCGCUACCAGCAGCUGCUGGCGGCCGUGCUGUGCUGCGUGGGCCGCGGCCUCCGCGAGGAGUUUGACCGCCAGAGCUGGCUGGUGUCCAUCCUGGCCCAGGUCGCCCAGCGCGUGCGAGACGCCUCGCCCUCUUCACGCCAGGCGAUCCUCAGGGAAGCGCUGGAAGAGGUAAAACAGUUCUUUAAUGCCAGCAGCAGUUGCCGCCUCCCCUUAAACCCCGGCCUCCUGGUGAAGGGCAUCAACAUCAAGUCCUGCUCCUUCUUCAACUCCAACGCCGUCCCCCUCAAGCUCUCCUUCCAGAGCAUGGACCCCCUCGGAGACCAGAUCAACGUCAUCUUCAAGUCUGGGGACGAUCUGAGACAAGACAUGCUGACGCUGCAGAUGAUCCGCAUCAUGAACAAGAUCUGGAUCCAGGAGGGCCUGGACAUGAGGAUGGUCAUUUUCCACUGCUUCUCCACCGGCCGCGGAAGAGGGAUGGUGGAGAUGAUCCCCAACGCCGAGACCCUGCGGAAGAUCCAGGUGGAGCACGGGGUCACCGGCUCCUUCAAGGACCGCCCGCUGGCCGACUGGCUGCUGAAGCACAACCCCACAGAGGACGAGUAUGAGAAGGCGGUGGAGAACUUCAUCUACUCGUGCGCAGGCUGUUGCGUGGCCACCUACAUCCUGGGGAUCUGCGACCGCCACAACGACAACAUCAUGCUCAAAACCAGCGGCCACAUGUUCCACAUCGACUUUGGGAAGUUCCUGGGUCACGCCCAGAUGUUUGGCAGCAUCAAGCGAGACCGUGUUCCAUUCGUCUUCACCUCAGACAUGGCCUACGUUAUCAACGGUGGAGACAAGCCUUCCAGAAGAUUCCACGACUUUGUUGACCUGUGCUGUGAGGCUUACAACCUCAUCAGGAAACACUCACACUUGUUCCUCAACCUGCUGGGCCUGAUGCUGUCCUGUGGGAUCCCAGAGCUGUCUGAUCUGGAGGACCUGAAGUACGUCUGCGAUGCCCUUCGACCACAUGAGUCGGAGGCUGAUGCCACCAUGUACUUUACCAGGUUGAUCGAGUCCAGUCUGGGCAGUGUUGCCACCAAGCUGAACUUCUUCAUCCACAACCUGGCCCAGAUGAAGUUCGCCUCCACGGAGGAGCGGCCCGUCCUCUCCUUCGCCCCUCGUGUCUACACCAUCAAGACCGACGGCUCCAUCCGGAGCCUGUUCGUCUGUCAGCACAUGAAAACCUACAGCCCCAAUAAAGGCUAUACGUACGUGGUGAAGGUGGAGCGAGAUGGCCAACAGGGGGCGACACUGGUGCAGAGGAGCUUUGAGGAGUUCCACGAGCUUCACACCAAGCUUCGCCUCAUCUUCCCCUCCUCCAAGCUGCCCAGCUUCCCCAGCCGCUUUGUGAUUGGUCGAUCUCGUGGCGAGGCCAUGGCCGACCGAAGGAAAGACGAGCUGAACGGCUACGUGUGGCACCUGAUCCACGCCAUUCCAGAGGUGGCACAGUGUGACCUGGUCUACACGUUCUUUCAUCCCCUGCCCCGAGAUGAGCGGCCAGGAACUGUGGUGAACACGCUCACCACGAAACCUGGAGACUUCUCAUGGAGUCCUGUCCCUGGCAAAGUUGCAGGGGAAGUGAAACUCUCACUUUCCUUCAAGAGUGACAAACUCUUCAUCAUGGUGAUGCACAUCCGCAGCCUGCAACCAGUGCAGGAUGGCACGGACCCUGACCCCUAUGUCAAACUCUACCUCCUUCCUGAUCCCCAGAAAACCAGCAAGAGGAAGACCAAGGUUGCCCGGCGUACAUGCAACCCCACAUAUAAUGAGAUGUUGGUGUAUGACGGGAUCCCACGGGGAGACCUGAAGCAGAGGGUGAUCCACCUGCGCGUGCUGAGUGAGGGGGCCUUCUGGGAGAGCACGCUCCUGGGGGAGGCCUUCAUCCCGCUCAAGAGCCUGGAGCCUGGCCAGCACUUGGUCGACUGGUACCAGCUUGGCACCGGGGGCUCCGAAACCAGCCGCUGAGCCCUAUGAGUGUAGUGUAUGUGUGUGUGUGUGUGUGUGUGUCUGGGCGAGGGGGGGUGUCUGUGACUGGUAAAGUGGAGUGUAAGAUUAAAAAGGAGAUCAUAUAGUUUGAUUGUGUGUGUGUGUGUGCGUGUGUGUGUGCGUGUGCGUGUGCGUGUGCGUGUGCGUGUGCGUGCGCGUGUGCGCACACGUGCGUGUGUACACGUGCGUGUGUGUGUGUGUUUGUGUGCGCACAUUGGAUGAGAAGUGUGUGAAGUUUGCUCAUAAGUUUUUGGUGAGCUGAUGAAGAAGCCCAUGGCUCAGAGGUGGAUCAUUUUCCCUCCUAGGGGGGGCAUCGUGUUGUGUUGUCUUUGGACUCCUUGCGUGCACGCCACGUGGGAGAGACACUGGACGCUCUGAUGGGCCAGCCAUCACCGGAUACUGUAUGUGGUGUGACACAUUACAGGAGUGGACACAGGGGACAUGGGGGUAGAUGGUUUUAAGACUGGGUGAGACUCCAAAGGGGGAUCAGACCACUGAAGGCAAAACCUUUGCACCUGUGGUGUCACCCGAGAACUUUGAGGAACGCCCAAAUGUGGCUGAAAACAAGAGUCUGCUGUAAAGUCCGCUUAUCGCUUAGUGCUUAUGAAUUUGUGCAGCCCUGCUCUACUGUGUUGAGAAAUUAAAAGGGAAAUUUUAAGUUAUGUUAUUUUGUAAUAAAUCGUUUAUGAUUUUCUUUU